GUGAAGGAGUUGAUAAAUGUUGAAUAGUGGGAUGGCGCUUCAGUGGAGGUAACGGGAGUCAAACUGCACGUGAAGAGUGCGUUUGACAUUGGGAGUUUGAAAGUGGAGGGCGUCACAGUGAGGCUUCAGCCUCUCGUCAGGGAAACAUCACAGUUUAUCAAGCCGAAAGUGACUUCAGUCUCUUCCCGUGAUAUUUAGCUAUAGAUCAGUACUGGAGAUACCGUGAGGAAUAAUACAAAGUCUCAACAUGGGCGCGCACACGCUGCCGGAUCUUGUCGAUGGUUUUCAAUGAAGAAUGUUUUAUUUUUCGUAUCUUCGGUGUAAUUGGACAUCCACCAUGAAUUAUGUUUCUGAGAACAGUCGAGUGUAAGGUGCUUGAACUUUCAGGAAUACAAAUUGCUUGACGGAUUCAUUUGACAUGGACUCAGUGGAUGAAUAAAUCACAUAUUCUGUCGAUACCAGUAGGUUAUAUUUUGUCCUGUCACUCAGUUUAUUUAUUGUCAUUUUUUUUUGCUGAAAGUCCGAUGGACCGAGCAUCUUCACACAUUAAUAUACACGCAAUAAGGAAUUAAUGAAGAACUUAUUGUUUCGGAUAAUAAUCAGACGGGGUUUGGAAAUCUCACAAUGAGGCUGAAAUCUUCGAGGUUAGGUUACCUAUUCCUUCAAUUCAUGACUCUGUGUUUUUACACUCAGAUGACGAUGCAGUCCAUCUCUGUACCUAAUUUUAAGCACCAUGUAACGGAGCAGAGUCGUCUAUCGGACAGGAUGAGUCGGAGAUUAACAAGGACUUAUCAGCUCUAUAGCCGGACCAGCGGUAAACAUGUACAAGUCCUGGGCAAUAAGAGAGUCAAUGCCAAUGGCGAGGAUGGAGAUAUUCAUGCUAAACUUAUUGUGGAAACCGACACGUUUGGAAGCCGGGUUCGAAUCAGAGGAGCAAAAACAGGAUACUACAUUUGCAUGAACAAGAGAGGCAAGCUUAUUGGACGGAGGAAGGGCCGUGGCAGGGACUGCAUAUUCACCGAGAUUGUUCUGGAAAAUAACUACACAGCUUUGCAGAACGCUAAGUACAAAGGCUGGUACAUGGCCUUUACACGCAAGGGCCGACCCAGGAAAGCCACGCAGACCCGGCAGCACCAGCGAGAGGCCCAUUUCAUGAAACGUCUUCCUCGAGGACACCUGUUAACAGAAAAGAAGCCUUUUGAUUUAAUCCCAUAUCCCCUCAACAAGAGGACUAAGCAUCAUCAACGCACAAGCGUGAAUUGAGAAAGGGCAGUAUCAUAUCUUAUACCGGAGCUCUAUUUUAAUUUGAGUUUAUCUAAUGUAUGUGCAUCCAUAGUUCUGGACAUCAUGGCGAACUGUUGCUGUGUAAAAAAAAGAAAAAAAGAAAAAAGAAAAAAAGGAGCCUGUACAGAUGAACGACUGUACUACGAACAGUUUGUUCUGGGACAAUGACUGAACUGUUGAGUGAACAGAGGACACCGUAAGCCUUGUAAUAAUGAGCAAUGCAUUUCUGGGAAUGAAACAAGACAGCAGAACACAUGAUACAAAAACACUCUCAGAAAAAUUUGCAAAAAUUGUACCUUUAUGGGUACAACAGCUUGUCACUGGGGCAGUACCCUUAAAGGGACAACUUUGUACCUUAUUUACCCCUAAAAGGGUACAUAUUAGUACUCUAAGAUAAGCUUACAUGUUAAAGGGUUAGUUCACCCAAAAAUGAAAUUCUGUCAUUAAUUACUCGCCCCCAUGUCGUUCUACACCCGUAAGAACUUCGUUCAUAUU